AUGAAUCAGGAUGAAGGUGGAUCGCACCUACUGCUGAAUCAAUGGCCGAUAGAACCGGCACCUCUGAAGAUAGACCUUGGAAAGGAGACACAAAAGUUAGACUCACAAGUUGCAAAAUGUAGGGCUGGCAUUGUGUGGAUCAAUUUGUUAGAGAUCGGAGACACCCUGACAUUCGGGGUGUACAACGAUCGAGCUGAAAAUGACGGGGAAACGAACAAACUGGUAGGAUCAUUCAAGUCUGGUAUCACCCCGAUGAAGGACACAUCUGCAAUACCAAUCAUUGUCGAUCUCAAACGUGUUGCGAACAAGGACUCACUGUUGAAAAUGUUUGAUGAGCUGAAAGAGGAUAGCAAUCCUAUCGUGGUGGUGUCUGGUCAGCAUCAUCUUUUGGCCUUGAGACAAUAUGUGCGGUCCUUGCAAGACGAAUACAAUUCGCUUGACAAGAAGCAAAUGAAGAUCAUCAGGAUGUCCAAACCAUUGCUUAAUUACGUUCAGCAGCACAAUGAGUACCAUGCAUUGCAGGAAGACUUACGGUGGACUCUCAAGAACAUCAGACAAUGGGGUGUGAUUGUUUAUGAUCAAGUCUUGCAAGUAUGCUAUAGGAAUUUUACUUGCUAUAGCCUUAUCGGAGCUACUAGAACUUAG